GAGAUCAUCUUUAGCUUUGAUAUAUACAAGCAUCUCUCAAUCGGAUUUUCAUUGUUACAGCUGGCUAGGCCAUACAGAUUGAACUAGUUAACCAUUAGUCCUCCUUGCCUGUAAAAUCUAAAGACAAAAUCCUAGGCAAACAGAGAUCAGAUCAGCUUGGAAAAUCACAAAGAUGGGGUUUGAAAGAGGAGAACAGGUUGAGGUGGUCAUGGAAGACGAAGGAUUCAAGGGUUCCUAUUACCCUGCAAUUAUCAUCUCGAAGAAGGGUACUUCACGGUACAAGGUGGAGUACACAACCCUCUUAAAAGACGAUGAAUCGGGGCCGCUGGAAGCAGUUAUCGACGUCGAUCAGCUCCGGCCGGUGCCACCUCCGAUGCCGGUCAUGGACUUUGAUUUGUAUGAUUUAGCUGAUGCAUAUGAGCACGACGGUUGGUGGGGUGGAAUCAUAUAUAAGAAAUUUGAAUUGGACUAUCUUGUUUACUUCCCUACACUUGGAAAAGCACUGGCUUACCCUUCGGAGAAACUGAGGAUACACCAGGAAUGGGCCAAUGGCAGGUGGACUUGCACGAAAUCGGCAAACAAGAGUUUCGAGGAAAAACAGGCAAAAAAGAGUCCCAAAGGAAAACAGGCAAAGAAGAAAAAUGUUAGCCUCCCAAAGCCAACAGUUGUGGAGUUCCAAACUGGACAAAAAAUGGAGGUGAUCGAAGAAGAGGAAGGUUUUGAGGGUCCUUACAAUUCUGCAAAUAUAAUAUCUAUUGAGGGUCCAGUAGACAUUGAAGAAAACACGGGGCAACUUUCCAAGAAAAAGCAGGAGAAAAGGAGUUCCAAAGGAAAACAGGCAAAGAAGAAAAACAUCGGCCUUCCAAAACCAACAGUUAUGGAGUUCCAAACCCGACAAGAACUGGAGGUGAUCAAAGUAGAGGAAGGUUUUGAGGGUCCAGUAGACAUUGAAGGAAAAACAGGGCAAAUUUCCAAGAAAAAGCAGGCGAAAAUGAGUUUCAGAGGAAAACAGGCAAAGAAGAAAACAUCGGCCUUCCAAAACCAACAGCUGGGGAGCUCCAAACUGGACAAGAACUGGAGGUGA